AUGGCGCCAACUUUGGCCGUAAGCGAUAGAGAUUGUAAGCGGAACCCGAGAACUGUAGAUAGACUUGCACACGGACUUGCACGUGAUCAAUUUAACAACAGUGUUUGGCUCAAGUGUAUUUUAUUCUUAGCAAUCAGACCCGAGUUAGAGGUGCCAGAGCCAAGGAGCGCCAUGGCAGUUGGCCGUGCGAUGGGAGCGCGUAUGCGAAGCCUGAUGGCAACAGAGUGCCUGGCCCUUCCUGGUGCAUACAAUGGACUGGUGGGGCGGAUGGUCGCUCAGCAGGGCUUCAAAGGCUCCUACUUCAGCGGCGGAGCCCUCUCUGCAAGCAGUGGUGUUCCAGAUAUAGGCUUGACUUCAAUCGAUCAGUUUGCGUCAAGGAUCAAGGAAGUCGUGUCUGUGUCCAAUUUGCCACUGAUUGCAGAUGCAGACACAGGCUUUGGAGAGGGAGAAAUGGUUCGGAGAACGGUUGAAGAAUAUUGCUGGGCAGGAGCUGCAGGAUUGCACAUUGAAGACCAGGUGUUUCCGAAGCGAUGUGGUCAUUUGGAUGGGAAGGCGCUGGUUCCGAUCGAUGUUUUCGUUGAAAAAGUUGAGCGAGCUGCUGAAGCAUCGCAGCGUUGCUCUGAUGGGCAAUUUAUUGUUUGUGCUCGUACAGACGCAGCUGGUGUGCCAGGUGAAGGCUUUGACCGAGCUGUGGAAAGAGCAGGAGCGUAUGUCAAGGCAGGCGCGGACAUGAUCUUCCCAGAGGGCCUGCAGUCCGAGGAAGACUUCCGGAAGUUCGCAGAGGAAAUGAGAAAACUGACUGGGCCAGCACCUGGUGGUGGGCCAUUCAUGCUGGCCAACAUGACUGAGUUUGGGAAAACUCCGUACCUCACACUUCAACAGUUCCAGGACCUGGGCUAUCAUUGCGUGAUCUACCCUGUGAGCACAUUAAGAGCAGCAAUGAAGGGAGUCGAAGAAUGCUUGCAGACGCUGAAGGAGCAGGGCUCCUUGGAGCCAUUUCUUGGGAGAAUGCAAUCUCGAAAAGAGCUUUACGAGCUCAUGGACUACAAGCCUCUCAAAGAGUGGACGUACCCGCCAGUCGAUGUCUCCAAAGCCAAAACGAAGAUUCAAAUUCGCUUUCACGAUGGGACGAGAAAAGCCCAGGAGUUCAAUGAGGACCACACUGUCGGAGACUUGCGCGCUUUCUGCGCUCAGUGCGUUGGUGGUCACCGUGAAGCCUUCAUGAAGAUCCUGCGAGAGCCAGGCCUGCAGUCUCUGCUCAUUUUCCAGCACCAACUGACGGGCUGCGGGAUUAGCAUGGUGGGCCGGCUGGUUUGUGCCAUCGCACAAGGCUUCCUGGGGCAAGACUUCUUUGGGAUUCUGAACAUGUUGCUUUCUUUCACUGCUGGAGUCUUCAUGUUCAAAGAAGAUGAACGCUUUGCAAGCGUGUACAAGUGCAUGGCCUCGAGUCUUUGCCAAACAUGUGCAGCACAGGGAAUGGGUGGAACGCAGUGCCUCAUGCCCUUUCUAGUCUUCUCAGCGAUUAGCUUCAUCUUGGAUCUGAUUCUGCGAAUGGGAGCAUUGGCGUAUCCGCCCUAUGGCAUUUUCGUUCUCAUGAGCUGGAUCUCGCAAGCUGCCGGAGCAUAUUUUGCAUGGACGGCGUUCAAAAUCAUGCGCGAUUUGGAGCCAACAGAAGGCACUGAAAUGGGUGGUGGAUUCGCUCUCCAAGGAGACCAGUCUGAGGCACCCGGUGGUCCUUCGCAGGCUGUGCAGGGCAGCAGUUUCACUCCUUUCACUGGAUCUGGAACUCGGCUUGGCGGCUGA